AUGUACCACAGCAGCACGCAAUGGCGGCACUGGACUUUCCGCAGCGAGGAGGAGCUGGCGCGGUGCCGGGCCGACGCCAACCGCAAGUUCAGCAGCAAAGCGGUGGCGAGCGGGAAGGUCCAGCAGACCGACCCUGUUCUUCUGGAGCCCCACGAAGAGCUGGCGAUAUGCAAAUACUACGAAAAGCGGCUGCUGGACUUCUGUGCCGUCUUCAAGCCUGCCAUGCCGAGAUCCGUGGUGGGUACAGCUUGCAUGUAUUUCAAACGCUUUUACCUCAAUAACUCGGUGAUGGAGUAUCAUCCUCGGAUAAUAAUGCUCACAUGUGCAUUUUUGGCCUGUAAAGUAGAUGAAUUUAAUGUGUCCAGUGCACAGUUUGUUGGUAACCUUCGAGAAAGCCCUCUUGGACAGGAAAAAGCUCUUGAACAAAUACUGGAAUAUGAACUACUACUUAUUCAGCAACUGAACUUCCAUCUUAUCAUCCACAAUCCAUACAGGCCAUUUGAGGGAUUUCUAAUCGAUUUGAAGACGCGCUAUCCAAUGCUGGAGAAUCCUGAAGUUUUGAGGAAAACAGCUGAUGACUUCCUCAAUCGAGUGGCUCUGACAGAUGCGUAUCUGCUCUUUACUCCCUCACAGAUAGCUCUCACUGCCAUAUUAUCUAGUGGUUCAAGAGCAGGAAUUAAUAUGGAAAGUUAUUUAUCAGAAAGUCUUAUGCUGAAAGAAGACAGAACAUCCUUAGCCAAGCUACUAGAUGGCAUGAAAUGCAUGAAAAAUCUCAUAAAGAAAUACGAACUGCCAAGGCCUGAAGAGGUUGCUGCGCUAAAACAGAAAUUGGAGAAGUGUCACAGCUUGGAGCUUUCACUUAAUACAAACCCGAAGAAGAGGAAAGGUUAUGAAGAUGAUGAGUAUGUCGCAAAGAAAUCUAAAAUGGAUGAGGAGGAGUGGACGGAUGAUGAUCUUGUGGACUCAGUGUAACCAUGAAGGAAGAUGGAAUCCUACCACUGCAGAAACUGCUGUUCGGUGUUAACCGUGAACCUGUCUGCCACAGGUUCCGUACUCUGUGUCAUGAGGUAUUUAUUCUGUCAGUUUUCAGUGUUUUUGCAAUAAAGCAUUUGACUUUGCUUA